AUGUUCCACCAUUUCUCUUCGUUUGCUCUCUUCGCCCUGGCGGCUUCAUCGAUCGUCGGUUCCAGUCCUAUCACGAGGCGCCGGUAUGGCGAGGCUGCUCCAAUGACACCCCGUGCCCUGGUUCCUGUCACUCUGGGUGGCGUCCAAAUCGGACUAAACCACCAAGGUGGCAGCUUUGAUGACUUUUUUGGUGUCGGAAAUUUUGCUGGAAACCUCAAUCAAGUAACAAUCAUUGAACAGCAGCAGCAACUAGUGUGUAGAUCUGUCGACCUGAUCCGCGUUCGGCAGCAACUGGCCGUUAUUCAAGAAUUUGCGAAGCAAAUUAUCCUACAACAAAUCUGUGAAGUUGAGAUCCAAACUGUCAUUAUUCAACAACUUAACUCGCAGUUCGUGAAUUUUGGCCGUAAUGUCCGACGCGUGGAUGGGGGUGGCAUCGUGCCGAGCUUUGACAUAGUCAUUGCUCAGAAGAUCACCGAGAUCACCCAGGUCAUUAGUAGAGGCGGUAAUCUGGCCGAUCUUAACCUUGGUUUCCUUGGUUCGGACAUUGGUCACAAUAGCGUUCGGAUCGGAGGUAGCAACUGGAAUGAUACUUCUAGCCCAAGGUCCGUCGGAGAUGCGUAUCAGGCAGCUCGGGAUCAACAGAAGCAAGAAAAGGAGCGACAGGAUGCGACUCAGUCGACUUCCUCUGUUGGCGCGACUGUCACUAAUAACUCUACUGCAUCCGCAACCUCAACCACGCCUACCAGUAUGACUGGAGCAAGUACAAUUACAUCUACGAUCGAGCCAGCUGCAUAUUCGACCGCCGCUCCAGUAUCUGCUUCCAAUUAG